GCGUCUGGAUUAAACGUUGCCGGGACGUGCGCGUGUGCGUGCAUCAAGCCGAAUAACCCACUUACCACCGCACGAUCACGUGAAAGUAUUCGGUCAAGGUCCCCCUCGCUGCGCCCGCGGUACCACGGCCACGGCCGGUCAACCGGGUCGCUCUCCUCCGCGCCGCGUCGUCCCGUCGGUUGUUGCUGUUAAUCCUCCGCUCUCGUGUUUUAUAUACGCGCCAGUGUACGCGUUCACAGGGCAUUCGCGUCGACCGUCCACCGCGUUCGAACGUGCACAGCAGCGGACAGGCGUCGCGUACACGCUUAGCACUGGUCCCGGAGAACGAUAGGCUGUCACUUGCCCACGUUCGCAGUGUUUUCCUCCAUCCGGCACCCCGGUCCCGUAAGCUUACGUCCGCGGCCGUAUCGCGAAAAUGUUUCCUGCCCGUCUGACCCUACUGGUCGCGUGCGUCACCGCGGCCCAUGCUAUCUCCAGCGCCGUGCCGCCGGCCCUCGAACCAGCCGAUGCGUCAACGGUCGCGAUCCAACCACUGUUGUCGUCGCGAGACCUCGUGGACGGUGUGCCGCUCGACACUAGCGUCCAGGCCGGCCAUAACGUCGACGCGAUCAAGGACGUCGCCGUCAUGCCUUCAGUAGACGCCGGCAAGCAGGGUCAUGGACACCAACCUGUUAAAAACACCAAAAAGAAGAAGCCUCUGGGUAAACACAAGAAGAAAAAACAAACGUUUAAAGACAAGCUACUGCCUCUUCUUUUGAUACCGUUCGUCAUCCAAACAAUGAUCAUACCGUUCUUCAUAAUGAAUUUAAAACUGUUGGCCAUGAAAGCAAUGGCAGUUGGCAAGUUCGCCAUCCUGUUGAUCGCUUUCAACAUGUUCCGCAGUUGGCAACAAAAUGCACACAGUACUUCGAUCAGUGGCUCGUCCGGGGCACUCAUGGCUCAAAACUACGGCUACACUGGUGUUCCGGAAUUCGGAGCAUUAUUCAAUGGUCGCUAAUAUCUACAGUUAUAACGCGAUGAACAACCCUUUUAAUUUUUGACGAAAUGCUCUUAGCACAUAACUGUUGUAGUGCGGCAGCAACAUAAGACUAUUUACGAACAAAAUCAUAAAUUUUGUAUUACAUAUAAGUUAAGGUAUAUUUAUCGUGUAAGGUACAUUACCUGUAUUAUAAAUAUAGUAGAGUCUUGCUUAUCCGGGCAUCGUUAAUCUGAACAUCCGGUUAAUACGAACCGACGUAAAAAAAAAAAAAAUUCUAUAUUUCAUAUACAAGUAUACCGUAAUUUAAAUU